AUAUCUCAAGUUUGUCUAUCCUUUUCCCUCUUUGAAAAACGUCAAAAUAAACGACGUCCGAAUCGUCGGUAUGAGUUUGUUUUUUGGCUUUGUACGCAGCGUGUUCCUCAAGAUGCUGCAGUUGGUUUGGUUCGGCAAACGGAAACUAACAAAUUCAUUGAGCAUAUACGUGAAAACAAACACUGGCAACACGUUCCCCGUUGAUUUGGACCCAAAAUGGGACAUAAAGAACGUGAAGGAGAUAGUGGCAUCUCAAAUGGGGAUAUUACCCGAGGACAUAAAAAUAAUAUUUGCAGGGAAAGAGCUGCACAAUUCGACGAUAAUAGAAGAAUGUGAUUUGGGUCAGCAGAGUAUAUUGCACGCAGUUCGUACACCAUCGCAGAGAUUAAACAAAAGCAAGGAUACCGACACCAUUGACGAGUCUCUGGAAAUAUCUGAAUCGAAUGACAGCGGUGGGAAACCGAUGAAUGAAACUCUGACAGAUCUACCUUUGGAUGAGUCAGAGCCACAAGAGAAUUCAUCCAUGGAAGAGAAACACGAGACUCGAGCGCAUUUCUUUGUGUAUUGUUCAACGCCAUGCAAAGCUGUAACAGUUGGAAAAUUAAGAGUAAGAUGCUCAACCUGUAACAGUGGGGCAGUUACAGUAGAUAGAGAUCCUCAGUGUUGGCCAGAUGUAUUACAACCGAGGAGAAUAACAGUUCAUUGUGAAAAUGAUUUUUGUCCAGCACCUACGCAUAUAUCCAAUGAUACGGAAUCCCAAGUAUUGUACGCGCGUUUUUAUUUCAAGUGUGGGAAACAUGUUAGUUUGGGAGAGGGGGAUGAAGCUGUUCCUCUGUACCUUAUAAAACCAAACUUAAGAAGGAUACCUUGUCUUGCCUGUACAGAUGUUAGGGAUAUGGUCUUGGUUUUCCCAUGUGAAGCUGGUCAUGUAACCUGCCUUGAUUGCUUUAAAGACUAUUGUUCAGUUCGUUUAAGAGAACGCCAAUUUCAGUUUGAUGAAAUUAAAGGAUAUUAUACGCUUCCAUGUCCAGCCGGAUGUCCAAACUCUUUUAUUCCAGAAGUACAUCAUUUUCAUUUGCUUACACCUGAACAGUAUGAACAGUAUCAAAGAUUUAGUACAGAAGAAUAUGUUUUACGUGCUGGUGGAAUUUUAUGUCCAAGACCAGAUUGUGGUAUGGGUAUUAUACCAGAAUCUUCAGACAACGGUAGUGAGGAAUGCAGAAGAAUUCAGUGUAUUGGUGGUUGUGGGUAUGUUUUUUGUAGACGAUGUUUACAAGGUUUCCAUUUAGGAGAAUGUGAAUUGCAAUCUUCUGAGUCUUCCAAUACAACGCACAAAUCUGGAUAUUUAGUCGAUCCACAGAGAGCUAACGAUGCGAAAUGGGAUGAAGCCAGUAACAAAACUAUCAGAAUUUCAACAAAACCCUGUCCAAAAUGUAGAACACCAACUGAAAGAGAUGGAGGAUGCAUGCACAUGGUUUGUACCAGAGCAGGAUGUGGUUAUCAUUGGUGCUGGGUAUGUCAGACAGAAUGGACAAGAAACUGCAUGGGCAAUCAUUGGUUUGGAUAAUUUUGUAACUAUUUAUAUCAUAAGAAUAUAGUAUAUUAUUUUGUAUAAAUAUAAAUAAAAUAGAAUUAAAAAUACAGUCAUAAUUACUAUCAUGAAUUAUACUAGUCAAUUGUACUGGUCAAUUCAAGAUAGUAGAUGGAAAUAAAUUCUAUAAGGAUA